GACCGCCGUCAAUACAGAACCCUAGCCGCGUUCAUCUAGUAGGGCAAUACAUGGGAUAUACUCCAAUAAUGAAAGGUAACCAUCCAAGUUAAAAGGGUUAUGCUUAUCCGCCCAUACAGUUAUCUUCGUUGCUUUGCAUGACAAUAGUCCCUAGCAACUUGAUUAUAAAUAAAAUUGGUCAAUGCGUUGAUUCAUAUAGCUUUUAGCAUUUCAAAAAUCAUACAAUGCCAAUUAAGGAAACGCUGGAACCUAUUUCGCAGUUUUCUCCUUUUUUGAAAAAAUAUUUGUUUCGAUAUUAUAUUUGUUCGUUUUUAUUAAAAUUCAAUCUCCUUUGCUAUUUUGUAUUUGCCAUCACGACCGAUAAUACAAUAAGUAGCCUACGUGCCGCCUACACUGCAGCAGAGGAUGGCGAGGAUAAGUGUGAUAAGUGACAGAAGAAGAGUUCCAAAGCAAUGAUGUCAUAGUCUGAAUGUGUGCCAUGGGAGAGCAUUUGGUUCAUACCUGCUGCCGAAGGGAAGUGUUGCUUUGUUAUGAAGAGGCGGCGCUGCAGCUGGCGGAAGAAGAGCUCGCCCAGCCCAGUAUCUGCUCGUUGGUACAUAGAGUCAGAAAGAGAAAGGAGGAGGAGAGAAAGGAAGGCGAAGGGGAAAAACGGUGUAGGUUAGAUAAAGGGAGGGUUGGUAUAAUGGCCGCUAAAUCGGAUGGGGUGUUGAAAAUGAAAAAGAGCGAUGUGGCAUUUACUCCCUUGCAAAAUUCUGACCACUCGGGCUCAGUACAGGGGCUCGCCCCAGGAUCACAGCCGGACUUGGGGACGGGUGAGGGGGACUUUGUGAAUGCGGAGUCGCGCUGCUGCGGCUCCUCUUCGACGUGUCUUCGCCUCGGAAGGGAGCAACAGAACUACUCUGUGUGGGACUGUCUUUGGAUCCUCGCCGCAGCUGCAGUAUAUUUUGCCGAUGUGGGCACAGAUGUUUGGCUUUCCGUCGACUAUUACCUCCGAAGCGAGUAUUGGUGGUUCGGGCUCACGUUAUUUUUUGUGGUUCUUGGUUCGUUCUCGGUACAGGUUUUCAGUUUUAGAUGGUUCGUUCACGAUUUCAGCACCGAGGAGAGCUCAAGUGCCAAUGGUGCUGCCAGUUGCUCUCACAUGGACGGAAAGCUCAUGAGCGGCUCUGCCUCACAUGGGGAUGUGGGUGCCCACCCUUCCACACCCCAGAGACAGGCUUCCACCGCCAGCAAAAGCAACAUCACAACUAACAGCAGCAACAGCAGCACCGCAAACCGGACUAACAAGAAAAGGUCGGCGUCCUGCUCCUUCUGCAUCUGGCUCCUGCAGUCAAUCAUUCACAUCCUGCAGCUUGGUCAGAUAUGGAGGUACUUCCACACCAUCUACCUGGGGAUCCGGAGUCGGCGGAGCGGGGAACACGAUCGCUGGAGGUUCUACUGGAGGAUGGUGUACGAGUACGCCGACGUCAGCAUGCUGCACCUGCUGGCCACCUUCCUGGAGAGCGCCCCUCAGCUCGUGCUUCAGCUCUGCAUUAUCAUCCAGACGCGCAAGCUGCACGCCCUUCAGGGUCUGACCGCAGCCGCUUCCUUGGUGUCGCUGGCCUGGGCCCUGGCCUCGUACCAGAAGGCGCUCCGUGACUCCCGAGACGACAAGAAGCCCGUCAGCUACCUGGCCGUCAUCAUCCAGUUCUGCUGGCACUUCUUCACCAUCGCUGCACGCGUCAUCACCUUUGCGCUCUUCGCCUCCGUGUUCCAGCUCUACUUCGGCAUCUUCAUCGUCCUGCACUGGUGCAUCAUGACCUUCUGGAUCGUCCACUGCGAGACCGAGUUCUGCAUCACCAAGUGGGAGGAGAUCGUCUUCGACAUGGUGGUGGGCAUUAUUUACAUCUUCAGCUGGUUCAAUGUCAAGGAGGGCAGGACCCGCUGCCGCCUCUUCAUCUAUUACUUUGUCAUCCUUCUGGAGAACACCGCCCUGAGUGCCCUGUGGUACCUGUACCGGCUGCCGCCCAGCACCGACGCCUUCGCCAUCCCUGCCCUCUGCGUCAUCUUCAGCAGCUUCCUCACAGGGAUAGUGUUCAUGCUCAUGUACUACGCCUUCUUCCACCCCAACGGGCCACGGUUCGGCCAGUCGCCCAGCUGCACCCUGGAGGACCCCACCGCCACCUUUGCCCUGCCCCCAGAGGGCGCCACCAACUCCCUGCGGGCCGGCCAGACCCGGGCUCCCGCGGCAGCCGCGGUGGGAGUGGACAGGGAUCCCAAAUACGUGGAGAGGGACGGCUGCGCGCCCGUCUUUCAGGUGAGGCCCACCGCCCCUUCCACUCCGUCGUCCCGUGCCCCGCGGAUCGAGGAGACGGUCAUUAAAAUAGACCUGUUCCGGAACAGGUACCCGGCCUGGGAGAGGCACGUGCUGGACAGGAGUAUACGGAAGGCCAUUCUGGCCUUGGACUGCUCGCCCACCCCUCCCCGGCUCCAGUACAAAGACGACGCUCUGGUACAGGAGCGUCUGGAGUACGAGACCACACUGUAGCCUGUGGGGAUGGGGGAGAAAAAAAAAACGUAAAAAAUGAUUCAAAUUUUAGACGAUCAACUUGGGUUAACAGCAGGACUGUGGCAAUAAGUUCGUUGCUCCCUCUAUAUAUACAUAUAUAAAUAUAUAAAUAGCAUUGAACCAUGAUGUUGAUUGUCAUGGACAAAAGUAGGCACGAUUUAUUUGUCGAUUAAAUGAUUAUCAAUGUUUUAUAAUGAUUUUUUUUUACUCGCUGUUGUCGUCGUUCUUGUUGUUGUUGUUGUUGUUGUUGUUUUUAUUAAACCUGUCAGGGAAUACUUUAAUAUCAGUAAAAGGCCACAUUUGCAUUCAGCUGAUACCCCCUGAUUAGUACAAUGCUGAUCUCACAGUCUCACCCAGGGUCUUCAACCACAGUAGGCACGCAAAGGCUGUCUUCCCGUCUAACAGAGGACAGGCUUCUCAUUUGACCUCAGGUUGUCCAAUCAGUGUCCUGUAGCUGGCUAUUAAAUCAUUUAUUACACUAAAUUUACACAUUUAUGAUGUGGUCUACAGAAAUAGCGCAUACAGUACUAUUUUAAAAAAGCAGUGUACCCAAAGCUGCAUAGCUAUUCCAGUCUAACAUUAUAUAACUAUUAUAUAACCAAUGUGGUGGCAAAAAUAACGGUCCACCUGUUAUUUGAGGCAAACGGGAUAAAAUUAAAAUUCUGUUUAGUAUCCCUGCCCCCCCCCCCCCCCUUUUUAUUACAAUAUUGUCCUUUCAAGAGUACCACUCUUCCAACGCUGGCCCUGUGUGUAUUGCAUUGACCUGUCAUAGUGCCAAAAGCUCUGUUACUGUUUCCAUCUCACUACAAACUCUGGGCCACCGCCAGGCACUGUUAAGCGGAAGUACCGGAUUGUCUCUUACUUGAAUUUGAAAAAAAAAAUAAAAAGCUUGAUCAACCCACUGGCUUGUGCCACGUGAAGUGAAAUGUUGGAGUGGGGGUGCUCGAAGUCAGACUUCCUGGUUAUGUUCCCAGUGGAAGAAAAACGCAUCUCUGGCAGCUUGGAUAAACAGCCCAGGGUUGACUAUGGUGCUGUGUGCUGCUGUGCUGGGACAUGUAUGGAACAAUGCGACAGGAAGAGGAGAAUCAGCCACGCACCUCUCCAGCCAAACUUACAUGCCUCACGACAAGGAGCCAUUUUACUGUAGGGUUAAAGAUGCAGCAUUCCUUUUUACUUCGUAUGUGACUGCCAUUGUGUGUUUGUGUGUGUCUGUGUGUGUGUGUGCACAAACACACGUGCAUGUGUGUUAGUGUGUGUGAGUGAGUGUGUGUGUGUGUAUGCGCACAUGCACGAGUGUGUGUGUUUGUGCGUGUGUGUGCAUGCGCAUGUGCAUGUUUGUGUGUGUAUGUGUGUGUGUGUGUGUGUGUACGUGUCUGAAAAUGACUGACACGGGUACUUUGAUUAACCUUACUUCGGUUACUGAUAUUGUGGUUUAUUUGAAGCUAGCAUUCACAAACAAAAAGGCAAAUGAUAUCUUAUGCAUUUCCAGCACUAGUGUGCACUUUGCUGCUCUACUUUACUCAAGACCAAGUAAGGGCUUAAACCACAAAUGUCACUCAAACAGCCUCAAGACAGCCCUCUGAUAAAGCAAUUGUACUGAGUGGGUUGAGAUAGCAGCUAAAGAAGUGCUGAAUGUGAGAUAAAUAAAAAAAAGCAGACAUGAUUGCUUUUGAUAGCACAUCUGUGAAAAAAAAGAAUACUGUAUCUUUAAACCCCAGGCAGGAUUCAUUACAAAAGGAAUGUUUGCACCUUUCGUCCUCGGCUAUGGGUCACAACCACCCCUUUUUCUCACAAUGUUAUGGAGUGCAAAGGUGACUUGCCAAAGAAAUGCAAGCACAAAACCUUCCAGAGGGAGAGAUUAUGGCACUGUCAUUUGGUGUCUUAUUCUUGUUAUCAUGUCUGAUGUGUGAAAAAGGAUGAAGAACAGAGUUUGUUUCUUCUCAAUUGAAUUAACCAUAGCUGAUGUUUCCCUUCUGGUGUAGAUAUUGAUUUCCAUCUUAUGAUGUUGAUGACCUGGCUGAAUGACCGGUUACUAACUGAAGGGGUACACACUUGAUCGGGAAUAAAGUACAAAUAAUGGAUACAGUGAGAAUAUUUUACUUUGUAUUCACUUUUGUUUGUACUGCAGUUUAAUAUAGUUUGCCUUUUUGUCUCUCAUCCAUAAUGGAUGCUGUAAUAUAUCACAAAUAUCACAUAUUGUCUUGUGCCCAUAUUUAUACUGUACAUUUGAGUUUCAAAUUUCUUGUUCUCCAUAUGUUCUUGUAAACAUAUAAUUUUACGAUAAAUCAACAGGUUAUUUCCUAAGUCAGUUGCUCAUUGUUUUCUUGGAAAUAACUUUUUUCAUUACAUUUAACAUUAUAAUGGCAGCAUUCAAGAUUUGGUGACACCAAAAGAUGUAAACUGUAGAGUUUUCAUGGUUUCCUGUUACACUGUCUGACAGGCACAUAUUCUUUUUUCCUUUUCAACUUAUGAAGUAAUUUCCUUUGUAAUUCAUGCAUUAGUAACAAUCUAAAACGAAUCAAGUUUUAUAUAGAACCCUGUACCUAUAACUAAAUAUCAGUCUGAUGAAUAUUAGAUUUGUAGGAGGCCCAUUUGCAUUUUGUAAAAUCCUCAAAACAAGCAUAUCACAAAAAAAUGCACAUAGAUGUGCUACUUGAAAAACAAACAAAAUGUUUCGCCAUAGAAUAAAUCUUAAUAUUAACUUACGAUAUGUCAGUGUGAAUUCGCUUUAAUUCAGUCUUAAAGGGUAUUUUGUGACAAAUUGUCAAGUGGGUGCUAUGUAAUGCCUGUGUAGCUUCUGUGAACAUCCUUCAUUUCUAUUGUACCAUGAGCAACACAACACUGUUUCAUAGAGAGGAGCCUCUGACACUAGUCUCAGUGAGGGUGCUGCAGGAAUGUCACAAUGUAUCACUUAGACUCCAUUAUGUUCCAAAACUGUGUUAAACUGCAAGACAUUACCAUUGCCAAUUGACACCACUUCUUUCUGUGUGCACAGAGCAGAUACUGACUGAUAAGUUUUAUUAUUAUUAUUAUUAUUAUUAUUAUUAUUAUUAUUAUUUAUUUUAUACUUAUUAUAUUUUAUAUAUUUUUUUUGAUACAAUUAUCAAAUAUCAAUCUUUAGAAAUUGAUGUGUGCUUUCUUUUUUUUUUUUUUCUUUUUUUAGAUUUUCCAAGACAUUGCUCCAGGUAUUACUUUUUGUCAGAACACAGCAUAAUUUAAAUCUUGUCUGUUUUCAUUAGGGAUGAAAUUAGUCUGUUAUGGCUUUUGCAAACUCAAGCUCCUAUAAUAAUGCUGUGCAAUCUCUGACCUUUAACAUCUUUUGGGAAAAAAACUGCUUGUGCUCAAUAAUAAUAGUAAUAGGUUUCCUUUCAUCAUAUUUUAAAGUUUCAUUUACAAUUGGAAUAACAUACUGUGCUGAAAUGUAAAAUUUGUUGCUGAACUAAAUGUAGACAUUCUAACCAGUGCUCAGUUUCUUAUGAACAGUGUGGGGGGGGGGGGGGGCAGCAAAAGCAGUAAAGUGAGAAUAAUUCAUGAAUUCAUAUGAACAACCAUGGCACAUUACAUCAGUUAAGGAUAUAGCUAUGGAUUUUUAUUUGACUUAAAAGCAAUGUAGGUGUUUGCAGUGCAUUAUGUUUUAAAAGAUACAAACAUAAAUGUUGUCUAUGUGAAGCAUUAAUACGAAAAUGGGAUUUAGAUGAACAGGCUGUGAAUGAAUAGCUAUUGCAAAGCCCUGGCAGUCAGAUGCAGUGUUCUCCUCCUACAUUAUAUUGUGUUCCAACUGGCUCUGAAAUGAAAAUGAGCUUCUUGUGUCUUCUGAAAUAGUUUAUGUCCCUGGUGAAGGCAUCCAUUAAGAUAACAAAACUGGCUAAUCAGGUUUCCCAUUUAUAAAGUGAAAGUCAUCUUUUUUUUUAAACCACCAUACUAAUAUAUAUUAUAUGUAAUAUUCUAUUGUACCAUGGAAGGACAUUCUGUUCUUUGUCUGUAAGUAGAUUAAUUAAAUUUCUUCAGAGGAAUAUUACUUUACAAUUAGUUUAUAUGUGGCUUUGUCUCUAUUGCUGCUUUCGAAGAUAUCUGACAUUUUAUUUUUCAUGAUGAUUGAACAUUAUCAGGGCUCAUCUUGUACAAUGACUUAUAUGGGCCUCAGACAGCACAAGCAGUUAAUAACUUCCAGAACCAUAAUGUCACAUGGAUCAGUAUCCAUUUCCCCGAUAUUAACUCAUCACCAUGUCAAAGAUUAUUCUUUGAGGAUCAUUUUCCCAGACUGUCCAUUCAGCACAGCAUUUAAAUUUAUUAAUAUGCGGCACGGCCAACAUCAAGACAGACUUACCUGGCUCCAUUUACCUCCUUUCAAAUAGAUUCAUAAGCUUUGUGAUCAUUUCCAUCAAUGUGUUACCCUAUGUAAACAUAAUUGUAAUUAAAUUGAUGCAUAUAGUUUUGACCAGUUACAGACAAUAUAGCCAAAUGUUUGUGACUGCACAAUUUCUGUAGUAACAUAUAUUUUUUGAACAACCCAAUAUAAAUCCUUCUGACAUAGCCAGUUCACCACACCAAUGGUCGGUUAUUGUUAGAAGAAAGAACUUAUAAGAAAUUAUUUUUUCUGGCAAUAUGCCUCUUUAGGUGAAAGGAAAUUAUUUCACCCUAUUUCGCUAUCUCUGUUCACACAAGGAGCACCUGCCUAGUCAACCAUGAUCAGUUUAAAGGGAUAGACCUCAAAUAUUUUGAUUACCUGCCUCCUAUGGUUGAGUGUUAAAUCAGGAGAUUCCCCUACACCAUAUUACCACCUGUGUAAUUAGUUGUCUCUUUCUAGGCAAAGAACAAAAUCUGAAUAUAAAUUCACUUGAUGCCUUUUUUACAACCAAAAUAUACCUUUGUAUUCUUUAAUCUACCCAGUAAUGCUACCCAGUUAUUUAUUUAUUCAUUCAUUCAUUAAGCAGAGCCUCAAUGUUGCAGUGUUAUUGUUGAAAAAAUGCCACACAAAUGGUACUAGACAGGUUAAAAAGUAGGAUUAUGGAGGAGCCAUGCACAUUAGCUUUCCACCUUAUGCUGUUUUGUUUAUGUAAAAGCAGCUUCCAGGAGGUGCUCACACACAGAAGAGACACUUUCUUAAAGCUGACAUGGUGAGCAAAUUCACAUCUGAAAACAAAUCAGACAGUCCUGGCUUUUACACAAAAUAUAUACUGUCACUGCACAAGCAAAUGUUCUGCAUUCAAAACUGCCUUUCUGAAAGUUCUACUGUGUGUCAGAAUAGGUAAGCUUGGUAUUUUGAGUUCUUUUUUCAGAUUUAAAUAAUGGAUGUGAGACAGUGAUGGAAUACAAAUACUGUUUCAAAACCUAAUGUUUUCCAUCAUAUAGAGCACUCUACUCCAGGCAUCAGCGUUCAGACUGUGUUUUGGGUGGGCAGAGUGGAUUAGUUUGAAUAUGUAAAGGCAUGACUGUGAUCCAUUCAGGAGCAGGGCAGUGCCCCAUAGUCUUUUACUGCAGGUGUUUUUAAAAUAAUGAAGGGUCUUGUCAGACAUUUGUAAUGCAAGAAAAAUUCAAAAUGAGGACAAACAGUCCAGAAGCAGGCAGUGGCAUUACCAUAAUGAGGCCCUGCCGUGAUAGGGUUUCGCCACUGCAUAAUCACCUCAGGAAACAGUUCCUAUCUAGAUAACUCGUUAAAAGAGCAAUCACUCAGCAGAAUAGGAAUGGGAUGGGAUGGGGUCCGGGUCUUAAGACACCUCUGCUGAGGCUCAAGUCAAAAUCUGUAAGACAAGAACAGCUCUGUAUGCGCUUACUACUGGGAACUGCUGUAAGACCUCAGUUACAUAACCACCCUCCAGACAUCAGGACUCAGUUCCUGUAAAACGUGUGAGUUCCGCGCCCCUGUACUGUUAAAUUGGCUCCAGUGCUCCUGUGCGAUUUGCUACUUGUUUCAAGGCAGGUUGGACCGCUUGUCCAGCCUUGCUUUAAGCACACAACAGCUGCAGCAUGUAUAGAUGGAAAUGAGUCGGGAGAGCGUCCUGAGGCCCUUCCACUUUGGCUAAGCUGCUCAGCACAUUAAUAAAGUGAUGGAAAUGGGACUGCAUAUUGUAUAAGUUUUAGGAAAAUUGUAGCCUCGCGAGCCAGUCUCUUUUUUCACUUCGUUCAACAGAACCUGGCGAAUGCCUUGACGUUCUAGGCAUAGACGAAGAGGCAACCUUCCCGGGAGAACCAGUACACUGAGACAGACAGUUCGAUUAACCAAUAGGGAAGCUGCCCCAGAAAGUACAUGCGUUCGUCCAGACUAGGAAAAUCGCAGCCACCAUAAUCCAUGUCCUGCUGUGUGAAUAGGAUACUCAUUCGGGAGGAAAGGGGUCAGGAAGCAGUGUGGAGGAAGCUGAGAGCCUCCUAUUCUGUUUCCCCAGCACUCCUGGGCUGAAUCAACCCACAAAAUAAUAAAUAAAUAAAUAAAAUGUUGAAUGUGAAGUGUUGCUCUUUUGUUCAAGUUCUGCUGGCAGGCUACAGACAUAUCCUGACAUGAUUGUAUGUAAACAUUUCUCUGUGGGCAAUCCGUUGCUAAUUAUUAUAUAUGAGUAUAUGAACAAUGGGUAGAAGUCAUUUUUCCUUUUUCUUCAAUGAAUAAUGCAUUCGGAGUUUUGAAACAUUUUCUUUUCCCUUUAUUCUAAACAAUUUAUGAUAACAAUAACUGUUUAUAAUACGUUAGGCUGCAAAAAUGAUGAGUCACUGUGCCACAUAAUUAAAUGAAGCUGAAACCAAUUAUUCCGGUUCACACAGAUCAUUCGUAGGACACUCAGGUUGUCAGAGACCACAAUAACAGGAGCAAAAAUCCAUAACAGCAAAAAUGCUGUUUUUAAUGACUGGAUUUAAUUAUUCCCAACACAACUCAUCCAUCAUACUGCAUAAAUCCACUGGCAGAUAUCAAACAAUAUUUUACCUCCCAUGGUCCUCGAUUUUUAUAGUGAUUUUUAUAGUACAUUUUUUAAGAGGGCAUAGCUGACUUGUUAAAGUAAUUAGACUUUUGGCACUCAGUGCAUAAUGUUAAUUAUGAAUGGGGCUGAUAGAUUUCCAGUAAUGAGGAUGUGCCACGCACAUUGCCAUGGGGCUUGGUGACUACUCUAGAGGAAGGAGUCAGCCUGUUCAUCACUGGUACGUUAUUUCUGACAAAUGCACUAAAGUCUCUAAAAAGCUGUGGAAAAACUUCAGCCGGUAUUAUGUGAGGACAAUGGCACUCUAGGGUUUUAUUACAUUUGCAUAUAUACGGUGAGCCCAAAUUGGAUAUUUUUUAAAAGAUCAGAUCAUCAUUCGUAUAUUGAUGUAUGUGAAAUCAAAUUCACUUUUAAAUAUUGAACAAAACACCUGGAAGAGAUAUUUAAGUGUACAGCAAUCAAAAAUAAUAAAAAAAUACAAAUCCCAAGUCCCAGCCAUAUUCUGAUUCAUGCUGGCUCAAAAUUCUACCUUGUAAAAAAUAUGUUGAAUAACUGUCAUGCUUGCUGGAUUUUCUGCUGGAUUGUAAAGAAAUGCCCGGCCUUUGUUUCAAGAAUUACAAAUUACAAAGUGAACACACAGAAAUGCUUCAUAAUUUUCCACUGCAACCUUGUUUAAUUAUGUUCAGUGUCCUAGUAGAUAGAUAUUUAUUUCUGUAAUCUUGUAUCUUUUUGUUGAUAAAGGUGCUCAAAGCCAGAAAAAAGAACAAAGACAAUUUGGAGUCAAAAUGCUAAAUCCAUUCAGCUGAUUUGCAUUUUUUCACAAGAGUGUCUUUUUCUUUUGUCCAAUUUCUCCUUGGAGAGAAAUGCUGAGCACUAAGGACUGUAUCCACACAGUUCCAUAAACUUCUGACAUAAUGUAUCAGAAAUACAGAUACAAAACGGCAUCAAUGUAAUAAUGAGCUUAACUAUUUCACUCUAUGCCACUUGCUUGCAAGUUAAGUUUUAAGAUAUCUGAAUGUCAAAUCAAUGGCAUGGGGGAAACUAUAUAAGAAUGGCUUGUCUAUGUCAGAGCAGGAACCUGGCCAACAGUAAACAGAUAUCUUCAACAACAGAAUCCAAUAUAAUAGUACAAGAAAUGAAGUGCCCCAGUGGUGUCAGUUUAAAUUCUGUAAAAAAAAAAAAAAAAUUAUAUAUGUUUUUAGCAUAUUAAUAAUGCUGCCCUAGCCUUUAGGGAGCAAAGCUUGUGAGUACUGUAAGAUUGAUUCUCGAGCGAGGCCAUGCCUGUGCACCGUUAAGCAUGCUGCUUAUUCUAAAUUGCUUCACUAAAAGUAUCUAUCUCUAUAAAUGGAUAAUGUGUCAAAAUGUAAGCUAUGUAAGUGUCUCUGGAUAAUGGCAUCUGCCAAGAAAGUAAAUAAUGUGGUGUGUUAUUAUUCAAGUAUUCUCAAUAAAUUAUUGUCAUUUGCAUUCUCUUGAGAAAACAUUGGCUUCACAUUUUUUAUUUUACUCUUCUAUAUAAUAAGUUUAAAAACGUAUUUAUUUUAUAUUUGUUUACUUUUCCUUGCUUUAUUUCACUAAAAAUGUUUUGUGCAACGAAUUGCAAUUGAUUGAGAACAUAAAUUGAACUAGUGGUUUAUAUAGAAUUCAUAGAUAUUUAAUUACAUCCAUAAGAAUUAAUUUCUGAAGAGCUCACAAAAAAAGAAAUAUGUGGGCCUAUUCACUACUCAUCUGAGAAGUGCAAAGCUGUAUGCAGCUGCACUCAGGCAUAUUAAAAAAAAAACAUUUUGAUAGCUAUUUUUACACAAUCAAUGUAUUUAUUUUCAAAUUUAAUUAAUAUUUAUACACUACAUCUUCUGCAUGUUGUUACCAUUUUUACACAUUUUUUUAAGUAUUCAAAUGAGGCUAAAAUUAACUGAUUGUCUUAUUUGUUGACCUAGAGCAACAUCAGUGGCAAAUUAUUGUAUUGUGUAUUGAGUAAAGACUGGGUGUAUGUAUCAAAUCAAAAGUAUACUACACUGACUUUUGAAUUUGUUUUUCUCUUUCCAAUCAUCCUUUUGAAGCCAUUUAUUUUGAUCACAAACAACUUUAUUACAAAAAAGGACAAACUGUCUUUUCGAUUUGGGGUUUACACCUUCUCUUCAAAUAGAUGAUCAAAUUUUGUUGACUGGUAUUAAUAGGGACAUUCUAAUAGGGACUGUAUCUAAUUGAUUUAAUUAAUUUAUAUCAUCUUAUCCAAUUUUUUAAAAAAAAUUGGUCUAAGGAUUUGCUUAAGGGAAAUAUCAAAGUUUAUAAGAGAAAAAAAAAAUUCAUUAUUACCAAUAUUUGGUAUGCAUGGCUAUAAGAAACCCGAUGUUAACGUUAAUAAAAUGAAGAUAGAUUUUUCUAGAAGUUUAUCUGAAAGAGAUACAUACAAUUUAUGUGUUCAUCACCAUUGACUCACAACUGAAUCCAUACUGUACACGAUGUAUAAAUCUUCCCAUUUAAUGAAUGAUUGCAAUUCUACAGGAAUAUAAGUACUGUUAAAAAUAUAGACAUUAAAAUAUGUGAUUAAUAUAGUAAUCUGCCUAUUUUUUAAUGGCUCAGACCCAAACACAGAUUCCAAAUAGGGUUCAUUUUCAAGCAAGCGAUUACAGCUAUUAUCUCAUUUCUUUUUUGACAUUGUGAAAAUAUUUUAAAUGGUAUAUUGUACAUUUAACUACCUCAGCUAAGUUUGCAGAAAUGCAGUACCCCCUCCACCAUUAUAUCAGAACCACAUAUAUUUCUUAACUGCUUUUAUUUUUAUUAGGUCAUCAACUUUGAAAAUAUACAAAUGGAAUGCAGAAAUUGGAUUAUAGGGUUAAGAUAAUGAAGGGUAUUUCUAUUACAUACGUCCAUUAUCAAAAAUUAAAUCCUUGGUUUGAAUCAUACAAUCUCUUGUGACAAUACAUGCUGCUUACAUCUGUUUAAUUUGCCUUAAAAUAGUUUUGUAAUCUUGUGUUUCUCCUGUUGUGCUCUUUUUAAGUUCUUAAGUAUCAUUGAUGGCACAUUGAAUAAGAGUUCUGAGAAUAAUGCAGAAUAGGAUAAAUCAGUGGAGUUCUCAGUUGUCUGGUGUGAGCUUGUUUGGUGUGAUAUUGCACUUUGGUGCAGUUACUGUGUUUAUACUAUGGUCCAUUUCCUCAACCAGAUGAAGAGGGGCUUAAAGGCAAAGGGAAGGUUAGUGUUCCCCGUGACAUUGCUUCAGUUUAUACUGCUAUGAACGGAUUUGGGCAAUGCUUUCUGACCAGCAGAGAGUUCAAAAUAAACAAAAAAAUAAAAAUGCAUGUAGGGGAUUUCUGCACAUAAUCAGUUGGGUUAAUUGGUAGAAGAAGAGUGCAAAGCACAUGCAUUUUUUGUUUAUCUGGCAUAUACAAAAAAUAAUGCAUUUUCCAAAUAUAGCACCCAAGUGAGGCUGCAAGCAUUACUGAGUUUUUUUUUUUUUUUUUUUAAGGUCAUGAAUUUGCUAAACGAUUCCUGGUCUACCCACUGUCACCCAAAUACAGAUUCAUUUGGCUCCACGUGUGAGGGUGAAAUCUUCAAACAAUCUGCUCAGGGGGAGAUCAGUGGAUAUACAAUGUUUGACAGGAGAGUCUGACUGCCAUGUGUAGGAAUUUUGAUUUGCAUAGCUAAUUUGUGUUCAUUUGAAGGGUUUGUAGAAUACUACCUGUGGAUUUCAUUUAUUUAUGUUAACCCAGCUGUAGUGCAAGCACAGUAACGUAUUAUGAACAUAGGAACAAUGGUAUUCAAAUUUGCGUGUAGUUUAAAUCAUGUAAACAUGAUGUACAAAAGUACAGUACUUGGUAUUUUAUUUGCAAUGGAAGAUUAAAUAGUUGCUGAAAAAUAUUUGAACUGUAAAUAAAUGUAUGCAAAUUUAAAUGUUAAAAAGAACAUUCCUAUCAGUGCUGAUUGUGAAGGGUGUCUAUUGACUAGAGGUUGCUGCCACAAGAAGGCAGCUUCAUGUGAUAUAGUAAAGAUAAAACUAGUGUGGUGUAUGUGAUGUAUUUUUAAAAUAAGAAAAAGAAUAAUACCAUAUUUAUUUACCUUUUUGUUUUUUGUUUUUUGUUUUUUUGUUUUUGGUCUGUUGAGUAAGCUGCAUUUUGUGAUGAAAGUCAGAAGUUGUGGUUUAAAAUUUAAAUUGGUUAUUUCAUUUUGUUGUAAAAUUAAACCUAAAACAAAAGAACCUUAAAUUUUUGUAAUUCUGGAUUUUUGUAAUUUUUAUUUUAUUUUAUUGCAACACAAGGUACCAAAUUCAUUUAAUAAAGUACACUGUGGUCAUUU